UCGAUGCUGAUGCCAUGGCAGCGAGCCAUGGCAACAAUGGCAAGCAAUCCAACUGCCUCCGAAAGCUCCAAUUCCGCGACCAUGUCAAAACUUACAAGCAGAAGUUUUGGGCCUUGGAGGCGCUUGAGGAGCCGGCAGAGGGUGAUCACCUGGUUGUCGAAGAAGGAGGCGGCGGCAAUGGCGAUGGCGAUGGCGAUGGCGAUGGCAUGCGCUUGGUGCAGCUGCUGAUAUCAUGCGCUGAGGCCGUCGCCUGCCGUGACCGAGUGCAGGCGUCGGCCUUGCUCCAUGAGCUGAAGGCCAAUGCCUUGGUCUUGGGCACGUCGUUCCAGCGCGUGGCGUCGUGCUUCGUGCAGGGCUUAUCCGACCGCCUCGCGCUGGUCCAGCCGCUCGGGGCUGUCGGCAUUAUUGGCCCUGCAACAGUCCCCGCCAUGGCCGCCGACAGGAAGGAGGAGGCCUUGGGACUGGCCUACGAGCUGUGCCCCUUCCUCCGGUUCGGGCACUUCGUGGCAAAUGCCUCCAUCUUGGAAGCCUUUGAGGGAGAGAAUUUGGUCCAUGUAGUGGACCUGGGCAUGACCCUGGGCCUGCCCCACGGCCAUCAAUGGCGAAAGCUCAUCGACAGCCUCGCCGACCGAACUGGCCCCCCGCCCCGGCGCAUCCGCAUCACCGGCGUCGGCGCUCCGGGCGCUCGGCUUAAAGCCAUCGGCGAUGAGCUCGAGACCUACGCUCGGAAGCUCGGAAUAAACCUCGAGUUCUUUGCCGUCGAGCGGAACUUGGAGAAUCUGACGCCCGAGGACCUGGAGCUCGAUGAAGGGGAGGCUCUCGUCGUCAACAGCAUGCUCCAACUGCACUGUGUCGUCAAGGAGAGCCGAGGAGCCCUCAACUCGGUGCUCCAAAUGAUUCACGAGCUAUCGCCGAGGAUGCUUGUCCUGGUGGAGCAAGACGCGAGCCACAACGGCCCGUUCUUCCUCGGGAGGUUCAUGGAGGCGCUGCACUACUACUCGGCCAUCUUCGACUCGCUGGAUGCAAUGCUGCCGAGGUACGACACCAAGCGCGCCAAGGUGGAGCAGUUCUACUUCGCGGAGGAGAUCAAGAACAUCGUGAGCUGCGAGGGGCCGGCGAGGGUGGAGAGGCAUGAGAGGGUGGACCAGUGGCGCCGCAGGAUGAGCCGGGCCGGGUUCCAGCCGGCACCGAUCAAGAAGAUGGCUCAGGCCAAGCAGUGGCUCGACAAGGUUGAGGCCUGCGAGGGUUACACCAUUGCCGAGGAAAAGGGCUGCUUGGUGCUCGGGUGGAAGUCCAAGCCCAUCGUCGCCGCUUCUUGCUGGAAAUGCCAUCUCGGCGACUAGCAUUGCUUUGAUCGUAGAAUGAGAGUCCUGGUAACGAGUACUACUAGCUUAAAAAGCAAACUCUGCUUCGGUUGGAGAGACUGGAGUGUG